AUGGGAGAGUUUGCGGUUUCCCAGGAAGCUCUUUCAACAACCUUAUGCGUCGUAGUGAAAUCGUCAUCCGUGUCAGAGUCGGAAUCACCUUCAUACAAAAGCCCAUCAUCGUUAUCGUCGUCGCCACCUUCACACGAAAGCUGGUCGUCAUUAUCGAUGUCGCCAUCUCCGUCAUCUGAUCUCCUCCGCCGCUUCUUGUCUGAUUCAGGGUUUGCGUUCGGGGAAAAGCAACUGCUGAACGGCGACGUGACCACGUCUCUCCGCCAUGUAUGCAAAAAUGCUGUUGUGGUCGAGAACGCCGAAAAUUUGGGUAGAUGA